UCGUAGCGCUGGCGUCACGGGACCACGGGACCCGUAUGUAGAACGCGGAAGUAGACGGAAAACAACAUCAGCUGCAGGCGGCCGGAUUUACCUACGAAGAAAAGGGGGGGGGAACAAAGAAAAGCUACAGUUUUCAUUCGUCUUCGGUCCACAAACAUGUCUCUGUUCGGCAAGUGGUUCGGCACCGGCGGCGGGGUCAAGGGAGGCAAGGCGCCCACACCGCAGGAGGCUGUCCAGAAACUCCGAGAGACCGAGGAGAUGUUGGCCAAAAAGCAGGAAUUCCUCGAGAAGAAAAUCGAGCAGGAGACCGUGACGGCCAAGAAGCACGGCAUGAAAAACCAGCGAGCGGCACUGCAGGCCCUAAAGAGGAAGAAACGCUACACCAAGCAGCUGGAGCAGAUCGACGGCACCCUCUCCACCAUGGAGUUCCAGAGGGAGGCGCUAGAGAACGCCAACACAAACACGGAAGUCCUGAAGAACAUGGGCUUCGCCGCCAAGGCCAUGAAGGCCGCGCACAAAGAACUGAACGUGGACAGCGUCGACGACCUGAUGUCGGACAUCAUGGAGCAGCAGGAGCUGGCGCAGGAGAUCACAAACGUCAUUUCCAAUCCCAUCGGUUUCGGGGAUCAGUGCGACGAGGUACGACCGCAGCGCGUCCUUCUCCGUCGCCGCUUUUUUACGAAAACGACUUCUCGACUCUUCAGGAUGAGCUCAUGGCCGAGCUGGAGGAGCUGGAGCAGGAAGAGCUGGACAGGAAUCUUCUGGAAGUGGAAGGCACGCCGGACGUCACCCUGCCGAGCGUCCCGUCCGUGUCGCUGCCGUCCAGACCAGCCAAGAAGCGGGAGGAGGAAGACGAGGCGGACAUGGCGGACCUGGAGGCCUGGGCCACCAACUAAACUCAAGCGGGCAGACGAGGGACCUCAGGGGUGCUCCCCACCUCGCCGUCACCCUGAAGUAUGCACUCAUACCAGCCCGUGUCGUGAUCGGAGUGCACCAGUGCAUACUUUCCAGGUGGAAACAGUCAAUGUGAACAAUCAGCUCAUUUGUGUGCACAGGUGGUACCAUCCAAAACCUGAACAAUGACACCACUUGGAUAUUUGUGCUCCUUAUAUUGUUUUAAAAAAAAAAAGGGGGGGGGGGGGGGAAGACAUUUAGGUGAAGAUGGAGGGAUGCGGAAGCCAAUAUCCUGUCCUGACAUGCAAGUUUUAUAAUCUCGCGCUUCAAGUUGUGCUGUUCAAUAAACGAAUGCUGCCAGACUAAACCAGCAAAAACAACUCGCUUGAUUGAAGGAGGUAACAGCGGACGAACAACAGUUCCACCUCCACGCGCACGUUACAAACAUGCUACAAGAUAACGCCUGUAGCCUUUGAAGAUGGAGGCCACCGUGCACAUUGCAUCACUUUGGGUGUGUGUGUGUGUAUUCAUGUGAGAGUGUGCGUCAGUUUAGUCGGUCGGUGUACCAGGAAAUCGGGCACUGACGAAAGUUCUGUGUUGUUUGGAACACAAAAAUGACAUUAAAAUACCUUUCUUUUUUUAACUAA